AUGCUACAGCAGUCGGAGCUCAUCUUUGACUUUGCUAGUGACCAUGUUAACAUGUCACAGUUGGGGCCUUACUCGGAUUACCCUGCGGUGAUUGUGGAGCAGCUUCCCCAUCCACACCUGCUCUCAUAUGGAGGGCUAGCGUGUGAACAGUCACAGCAUCACCAGCAGCUGUUCAAAGUGGAGCAAUAUGAAAGUGGAGAGGAAGAAACCAUGGAGACACUUGUUGCUGCUGACUUGCUUCUUAACAUGGACUGCCCUGACACCUUGUCACUUGAACACUACUCCCAGACCUUCCUACCGUCACUGGGUGAUGUCAUCACAACUCCUGUUACCCAGGUGACCGUCUCAGCAGAGGGGAUUGUGGGAGCUAUUGACCAGCAGCAAUGGCACUCGCUGCACACCAAGAAGCCUGUGUCACAGCUGCAGUCAAAAAAGAGAGCGAGAAAACCUCGACAUAGAAGGGCAGAGUCUCCAACACCGGAUAUUGUAGUGAAGAAGGACAAAUACAACAAAGGAGGAAACACACUGUACCUGUGGCAGUUCCUGAUGGAGUUGCUCCAGGACCGACAGGUCUGCCCCCGCUAUAUUAAGUGGACUAAUCCCCAGGCGGGCAUCUUCAAGUUAGUCAACUCAAAAGCGGUGGCCAGACUCUGGGGCAAACACAAGAACAAGCCAGAUAUGAAUUAUGAGACGAUGGGCAGAGCUCUUAGGUACUACUACCAGAGAGGCAUACUGAAUAAAGUUGAAGGCCAGCGUCUGGUGUACCAGUUCACCUCUCUGCCCAAUCAUAUGAUCUACAUCACCGAUGGAGAUGGCAUCAAAGAAGAAGAAGAAGACGAAGACAUUAAUGAGGGUGUGAGCGAUGACUCAGAUGACAGCACCGUGCCUUCUAGCGACCAAUCGGUGGAGGAUGAGGAAGAUUCUUCCCCACCGCAGAAGAAAACUUCGAGCUAUGUCCGACCCCCGGCUCCUCAGCGGACCAGGACGGCUCCCCGGUCCUCAGCACUGCGAGACGGUGUCACGCGUUCUGCCACCAACAGCAUGAUCCAGGAACAGCAUUUGCCUAUCGUGUCAGCAGAGAUGCUGCGGACCCUGCAGAACCUGCAGAAGGUCCGGUCCCUGCAGCCCGCUGGUCACGCCUCCGUCUUCAAAACCGCUCAGCUGCUGGGCAGUCUGUGCGAGCGGCAGGCUGCGGCUGAGGGGGGCGUGGAUGAUGCACCUGAUGGAAAGUCAUACCCGGGACUCAAAACGUCACAAGUGGAGACGCCACUGCUGGUGCCUUUUAACUAGCUAUGACCAAUAGAGUGGUGCAGCGAGCAUUUAUUUAGGCAAACCCGGAAAUUAGCAUAACAAGGGGGUCCCUCAACAACAAGCAAUUGGAUUUUUCCAUUGGAUUUUGGAAUAUUGCCAGAAAUUAGAUCAUGAUACUUUUUUCAGCAGGAUAAUAUCCACAUCUUAACACCACUUUUAUGACUUUUGAAGCGUUAAUGCAAUCAGCAGAAGGGAAAAGCUAUAAAAAAAAGCUAUAUUAGGCCAUAAACUAACAACAUCCAUUCCUAAGACCUUGGGUUUGGUACUCUCAUUUAGACACUUGUUAGCAACCGCCGUUUUUAUGACACAUAGAAGCUACAGACAUUCACAAGAAUUAUAUUUCCUUACGUAUUUUAUUUCGUAGAACAAAACCUGAAAAUCUCUUCAGCUUGUGUUAUCCACAGACCUUAUUUCAGGCCUCUACCCAACAAAAACUCCUUAAAAACAUGAAAUUAUUGAAGAGGGAACCAGAGAUGUUCAAAUGCCUACUUAUUUCCGGGUUUUAGGACUCAUUGCUGCACCACUCUAUUAAAAAAAAAACAUAUACACACACACGCACGUACACUCCACUGACUCAGGACCAGUUACAGAGCUGCACUCCGCUGUGACGAUGUGGCACUGAUCCUGGAUUAUUUUUGUAUUUUAGAAUAUAUUAUAUAACAGUAACAAAAGUCAUUCUCGAUCACUGCUGCCUCCCUCACAUCUGAGUUAGCAGGAAACCAAAAUUCCACAACAUUGAGCAGUUUAUCUUGUAAGAGACUUUAAAUAAAAGCUUGUGCGCCUUAUCUCAGCCUUUCAAUCUCAGCAGCCGUUAAUCAUAAGACACCAAAGACGACAUGCACUGGAUCCUGCAGCCGCUCUGCAGACACACCCUCCGCUUGCACUCCACCUCCAGCGCCAUGGAGCCAAUUAUCUGAGCAGCACACUGUGGCCUCCUUCUAAGUCUUCUCUCUCGCUCUUCUUUUCUCUUUUACUAUCACAUGCUGAAUCAUUCCUCUGCCUUAAAAGUGGCUUUGCACUAAUGUUUACCCCUGCUGUACGUUUCUUCUCCAAGUGCCUGACGAUUCUCAGUCCAUCCUGUCCCUGCUUCCUUGUAAUCGUGAGGUUAUUAAGGGAAAACAUUCCAUAUUAUUAUUGUUUUUUUAUACAUUUUUCUAUCAAUCUAAAUUAUGUUUGUAUUGUGACAUGUUGAAAACAAGGGAUCACUGUUGUUUCUAGAAUCGUAAUUUACCACUGCUGCCGUCUGUAGGCGAUGAAUUACACAGUGGAUCUUGCUUUUGUCGACAAUCACCAGUGAGAUGGCCUUUUAUUUAGACUCAUGUAGAGUCACACAGCUACUAUUUAGCCGUGCACACAAUCUGUUCUUGUUAUUACACGUAUAUAUAUGCAUAUAUGGACCUGUAAAGCCUUGAUAUCUGUAUUGUGUGUUAUAUACUGUAUCUUGUCUGUGAACAUGCUCGACGUUGUGCCUUGUUGCCAUUUUCUCCCUCAGGUUCGUAGAAAAUUAGUUUUACUCUAUGCAAGGAGUAAAACGGCAGACCCUUUUUUUUUAUAAUGAAGUAAUGCUUCUGUGUUUUCCCUUCAGUUGAUCGUAGUUUAGCCUCACAAACCUCACUCCAAAUUAAAGUGUGUGAGAUUCAGGCCGACCGCUGUGAGGCUAAGCUUGAUUCUGGAGAUGCUUGUGCCUUUGCCCCCAAGGGAACCCUAUGCAAAACAGUUUUCACUUUAUUACCGAGCAAACCAUUUAUUUGGAAUCCGCUCUCUUUGCUUUAUCUGCAGGCCUCUUGAUACUGUAAGUUUUACUGCUAUUGAUAAGUGAGCUUGUAGCAGAGGGAGAGGUGGAGUUUCUUUUGCCUUAUUGGUGUUUGCUUUCAUACAGAAACGUUGAAAAGAAAAUGUUCUGUUAUAUGAAAUAAACUUAAUUUUGUCAUUGUC